AUGAUUAAUUGCUGUAACCACCCCGAACCGGAAAUUAGGAUGAAGGCGGUUGUUACUUUGCAAUUGUUGUCGAGAAAUGACGAAAACAAGGACACAUUGGUGAAGAAUAAAGCUUUAGAAGUGUUGGUGGGCUUAUUAAAAGUGGAAAACAACCGCGAGUAUACUCAUCGAUAUGCAGCAAUCGCGUUAUGUGAUCUAAUAUCAGGAAGUGAUGAUCGUAAGCUCAAAAUAGCGGAAUUGGGAAUAAUACCGACUUUGGCCACUUUACUUAGUGGAUCAAGCUUUUUGCAAGAUGGUGAGACGAAAUAUUGGUCUCUAAUGGUCACACAUCAGCUGGCAUCGUGCGAAAGGAUUCAUCCCAUGUUAGUCAAAGAAGGAUUCAUACCUAUCCUAGCCAACAUGUCAUGGCAAACAUUUGGUAGCUCCGCGAUGCCAAAAUAUUGUUUGCAGGCUUUAGUAAGAAUAAUUUCUAACAUGAAGCCUGAGGAUUCCAAGAAAGAGCUUACGAAAUUACUGGAUUGCAAUAUAGUCCGACUCCUCUCUGCAUGCCUAAGGAACAGCGUCGAGAAUGCGGAUGAAAGUGAACUUCUAUACUGGUCCAUAAGAUUGCUACAUGAAUUCGUUGUCAAAGCAAGGUUUCACAAUCAGGUUGUAGAUGAACCUGGACUUAUUGACACCAUUCUCGGUAUGCUCGAAGACGAUGAUGACCAGGACGUUCAGUAUGCGGCCGCCGCCGCAUUGUAUAAUCUGUCGUCAAUGUCAAGUCGUUAUUGCAAGAGCAAAUUAUCAACUCAUUAUUUGGUCAACAAUACACCAACGAACCGUGGAUCUUUAAUUUCAAUAUCAUCAUCGUAUGAUCGACUUUUGGGAUACAUCAAUUCACUUUUAAUAUUUACGCAAAAUUAUGAUGUCUACGAAUGUGUGGCGGACAAUUUAGAGAAAAAUGACAAGAUACUGUAUCUGGUGAAGCUAUUGAUGGAGCUCUUUUUGCAGCCCGCCGUCAAGCAAUGGAUCAAAAAUCAAAUCGACAAGGAUGAAGGCUUUUCCAUUAGUGUUGGCGACCUCUUACCGAGUGUCGAAACGAUUCGCACAAAUUUGAAAGUAUCCGAGCCACCCACUCCGUCUCGGAAGACGGUAGAGGUGUUGGCGAUGACAAGUACUCAUAUUCCUAUGAUGGCUAUCGCAGAAGAAAAUGGCACGAUCAAGAAAGUAGCGUAUGUUAAGAGAAAAGAACUUUUCUUGGUCCUAGAUUUUUCAAUGCUCUGCAAGAAAAGUGACGUCGUUCCGGGGUUUGAAUUUGAUUUUGCAAUUCGCCCGUUUGACGCUGCCAAUGACGGAGAAGAGAUUCAUAAUGUCAAUAAAUCGCGCUCACGUAUGAGGCCACCUUCGGAAAAUCCCAAACCGGAUCACUCUGUGAUUCCAGUCGCAGACAGUUCUGCGCUGGUACCUUCGUCAUUUAAAUUCGAUUUUCAACCGGCCGUCUCCAUUCCAGGCGUAACCGAUCAGAAGCAACCAGAGUUAACUACUGGCUUUGGUUGCACGAUUUUCGACACUGAAGUGACCUUCAUCCCUCUGUUGUAUUAUGAAGUUGAGAUGGGAUUGAAAGGGGUGGACUCUCAAAAAUGUUUUCAAGUUGGAUUAACAAUCACUUCGAGUUCGACGCAUCUUUUAUGUGGAUACAUGGACCAUUACUUCUUGGUUUCUUUUCGUUUUCAUAAAAAAUUCGAGGACCCUCUUGAUUUUGAUGCGUGGUUGGUUGGACUUUUGAAAAAUCGAAUAGAAAACGAUAAAGAUUUGCAAACGGAAUAUCAAGGUCAUGCGGCUUUCGUAAAAAUGUACACGAAUCUUAAGCUCAAAGACGGAGAUUGCAUUGGUUGGGGCGUGUUUGAUUCAAAGGAGCCACUUUAUUCUGAGUGUUCAAACCUUGAUCCCAGGAAGAUCUCGUUGACAUGUUUUUUUACGUUGAAUGGCAGUGUUGUAGAGAACGGUAUAACCGAUAAGCUAUUUUCGCAAGAAUCCAAAUUUACUCAAGAGUCUGAUGAGUCAAUUUCACAAGACUUCGAG